GGCGGGGCCGGGACCGGGGCCGGUGCCCGGCGGUCGCUCCUGGCCGUGGGGUCGCGGCGGCACCAGGUGCGAAGCUGCGCGGCGGCGGCCCCGGGCCGGGCUGAGGCGAUGCUGGCGGCCGCGCCCGCCGGAGCCAUGUCCCAGCCCGAGGCGGAACGGGCGGGCGGCGGCUCCGCGCCGGAGCCGGAGCCGGAGCCGGGGCCGGGGCUCCCCGGGCGGGCCCCGCACCGCAGCCGCGGCCGGCGGCCCUCGGGGCGCGACUCCCGCCGCGCCUCCUCCCGCUUCAACCGGCGGAGCUCGGCCGAGCUGGAGCUGCUGGGCUACCCGGCACCGGGCGGGGAGCGCGGGGGGUCGCCGCCGCCGCCGGCUGCUGCCGGGCACCUGGAGCCGGAGGAGACGGAGAGCGAGGAGGUGGAGACGCGCGCGGUCGCCACUUCCCCCGACGGCCGGUUCCUCAAGUUUGACAUCGAGAUCGGCCGCGGCUCCUUCAAGACCGUCUACAAGGGGCUGGACACGGAGACCACCGUGGAGGUGGCCUGGUGCGAGCUGCAGACACGGAAGCUGUCGAAGACGGAGCGGCAGCGGUUCAGCGAGGAGGUGGAGAUGCUGAAGGGGCUGCAGCAUCCCAACAUUGUCCGCUUCUACGACUCCUGGAAAUCGUCCAUCAAAGGCCAGGUCUGCAUCGUGCUGGUCACAGAGCUCAUGACGUCCGGCACCCUGAAAACCUAUCUGAAGCGGUUCAAGGAGAUGAAGCUGAAGGUGCUGCAGCGCUGGAGCCGGCAGAUCCUCAAGGGGCUGCAUUUCCUGCAUACCCGUUCGCCCCCCAUCAUCCACCGUGACCUCAAGUGUGACAACAUCUUCAACGGCCCCACUGGCUCGGUCAAGAUCGGGGACCUGGGUCUGGCCACGCUCAAGCGAGCCUCCUUCGCCAAGAGUGUCAUAGGCACCCCCGAGUUCAUGGCACCAGAGAUGUAUGAGGAGAAGUACGACGAGGCGGUGGAUGUCUACGCUUUCGGGAUGUGCAUGCUGGAGAUGGCCACCUCGGAGUACCCCUACUCCGAGUGCCAGAACGCCGCCCAGAUCUACCGCAAGGUCACCUCGGGCCUGAAGCCGAGCAGCUUCUACAAGGUGAAGGUGCCGGAGCUGAAGGAGAUCAUCGAGGGCUGCAUCCGCAUGGACAAGAACGAGAGGUACACCAUCCAGGACCUGCUGGAGCACUCCUUCUUCCAGGAGGACACAGGGGUGCACGUGGAGCUGGCCGAGGAGGACGAUGGCGUCAAGUCUGGGCUCAAGCUCUGGCUGCGCAUGGAUGACACGAAGAAGUUGCACGGCAAGUACAAGGACAACAACGCCAUCGAAUUCCUCUUCGAGCUCUACAAGGACGUGGCGGAGGAGGUGGCCCAGGAGAUGGUGGUCCUGGGCUUUGUCUGUGAGGCUGACUACAAGCUGGUGGCCAAGGCGGUGCGGGACCGCGUGGUGGCCAUCAAGCGCAAACGGGAGAAGCUGAAGCGUGCUCAGGAUGUGCCUUCGCCUGCGGAGCCGGAGCAGUCGCCGGGUGUCCUGCAGCUGCUGGAGGACCUCAAGUCCCCACUGCCGCCUGGUGCCCCCGCGCCUGCCCUGGCCACUCCUGGCUCCGGGGACUCCGUCUUCAGCAGCCCCUUCCCACCGGAGCCCGAGGAGCCCGAGGCUGACCAGCACCAGCACUUCGCCUACCGGCACACCAGCUACUCCUCAGCCACCUCUGACGGUGAGACAGAUGGCUACCUGAGCUCCUCUGGCUUCCUGGACUCCCCGGACCUGGCCCAUCGCAGCUUCUCAGCGGGGGACCCCGCCAGCCCACCACCCAGCCGCCCCCUGCGCUGCUUCCCCACGAGCAUUGCAGUGCAGCUGCCCACCGAGCGCCUGCCCCCCGCCAGCGGCUUCUCCUCCCCAGUGGACAGCUACGCCUCGGAUGUGGCGUCCGGCAUGAGCGACGGCUACGAGGGGCUCUCGGCCAGCGAGCGGAGCGCCAAGCUGCCGCCCAAGCGGGUCUCGGGGAAGCUGCUGCGGCGUCGAGCCCGUUCCAGGCUGCGUAUCACCAACAUCUCUGACAAGAAUGACCGAGUGGUGGAGUGCCAGCUGCAGACCUACAACAACAAGAUGGUGACCUUCAAGUUUGACCUGGAUGGGGACAACCCGGAGGAGAUCGCGGCCGUCAUGGUCCACAACGAGUUCAUCCUCAUGUCAGAGCGGGACGGCUUCAUCCACCGCAUCCGGGACAUCAUCCACCGCGUGGAGACCUUGCUCCGCAAGGAUGGACACAGCACCACAGAGCUGCCCAAGACCCCCGAGGCCGAGUGCAGCCCCGUGGACCUGCAGCUGCAGGAGCUCUCCCGCUCCAUCUCCUCCUCAUCCUCACUCAGCGACCUGGGCUGCACCAGUCCCAGCUUCUCAGUCCAGUCCCCGGCUCUGCCGCUGCUGAGCAGCUCCCCGGCAGAGAAGGACCUCGCCAGCCCCACGGAGCCGCUGGCAGCCCCGGCUGGUGAGCUGCAGCCGAUGCUGCCGGGCUCCACCACAGGCUCAAUGCAGACUUGGCCCCUGGUCUCAAUGGCUCCCUCCUGGCUGACAGCAUCGCCGGCAUUCCCGCAGACGCCCCCGAGCACCCCAGGGGGGCCUGUCCCACCAGCCCUGCCCCAAGCCCUCCUGUCCCCACUGCCACUCCCCACAUCCCCUGUCCCCAGCGAGCCCAGCAGCCCCCUCAGCCCCCCUGUGACCAGCACGCCCUGGUCCCCCACCACCCCCCUCCUGUCCCUGGCCAACGUCUUCUCCCUGGCAGUGAUGAGCGUGGCCCACACGCUGCUGCCCGCUGUCUCCUCCAUCGCCAGCUCGGGUGGGCACCUCUACCCACCGCUGCUGCCGCGGCCGCAGAGCCUCCUCCUGGGGCCCCCACGCUUCGUCUACCCCGACCCCGCCAGCAUGGCCAAGCCAUCCCCGGCCUGCGGUGGCACCCUGCAGUCAGUGGCAGCUGAUGUCCCCGCUGCCGGGGGACCCAUGCCAUCCCCUACCUUGGCACUGGCGUCACCGUGCCCUGCUGGCAGCGAGGCUGCAGGGAGUCCCCUGCUGUCACUGAGCACGCCCACACUGCUCAGUCCCCUGCCAUCACUGAGCACAUCCGCACUGGGGAGCCCGGAGGGCGGCACGGUGCCACCUGGCUCCCCCAAGCCCAGCCACUCGCUCAUCGUCUCGGAGUCACCAGCCCCUGGCGUGCCCAAGGCCCAGCUCUCACCCAUCAACGAAGCAGAAGCCAAGCCCCAGAUCCUGGGCCGGUUCCAGGUGACACCAACCAAAGACCUGGCUGUGAGCUCCCGGGUGCUGGGCAGCAGCGAGGGUGAGCAGCAUGGUGCGGAGCCGGCAGCAAGCAGCUCCCCUCUGCCCGCGGCCCCUGACACGGGGGAUAGCUCGAGCAGCGACUCAGACUCUGUGCUGGAGAUGGCGGAGCAAAACGCUGAGCCUGAGGAGGUGCAGGCUGAGGAGGGCACGGUGCCGCUGGUGGAGAGCGACCAGGAGGGCCCCGGGGAGGAGGGUACAGAGAGUGCGCCGCAGGCGGUGAUUAACCAGGUGUGGAUGAGCUACCCCCGCAGUUUGUCCUACCUGAGCAGCGACGACACCGAGAGCGAGGACGAGGAGAUCUGGGAGGAGCUGCAGAACCUGCGCCAGAAGCACCUGGCUGAGGUGCAGCUGCUGCAGAGCGCCCAGAAGAAGGAGAUCGAGGAGCUGUACCUGCGGAUGGGGAAGCAGCCACCGCUGGCCAUCGUCUCCCCCGCUGCCAUGCUCUCCAGCCGCCAGCGACGCCUCUCCAAGGGCAGCUUCAACCCCUCCCGCCGCAACAGCCUGCAGCGCCUGGAGCUGGCGCAGCCCCCAGCAGCAGGCAUCAUGCGCCGUAACUCACUGAGCGGCAGCAGCACCGGCUCGCAGGAGCAGCGGCUGAGCAAGGGGGUGACCUUCGCUGAUGACUUCGGCCGGAUGUAGCCAGCUGGCCAGGAGUGACUUCAUGAACUACCUCAA